UAAAGAGUAACAAAAAAAAAAAAUCAAGAAAAAAAAGAUAGUCUAGCAUGGCUGAGAAAUGGGAGGAACUUAGUGGGAAAAACAAUUGGGAAGGUCUAUUAAAUCCAUUGGAUGUUGAUCUUCGUAAAUAUAUCAUUCAAUAUGGAGAAAAAGCUGAAGUGACUUACGACACCUUCAUUUCUGAUAAAGUAUCAAAAUAUGCAGGAGCUAGCAGAUACUCGAUGGAAAAUCUUUUCUCUAAUGUUGGCCUUGACCCAUCGAAGUAUCGUGUAACCAAGUAUUUCUAUGCUACCUCAUCCAUGCCACUUCCUGAUGCUUUCAUUACGAAAUCACUGUCAAGGGAAGCAUGGAGUAAGGAAUCAAAUUUUAUGGGAUAUGUUGCUGUGGCUACUGAUGAGGGUAAAGUUUCACUAGGAAGAAGAGAUAUUGUGAUUGCUUGGAGAGGAACAAUUCAAACACUGGAGUGGGUUAAUGACCUUCAAUUUUUACCAAUUCCAGGACCAAAAGUGUUCGGUGAUGGGGGUUUACUUCCUUUGUUCAAACCAUUGGUGCAUCAUGGAUUCUACAACGUUUAUACAUCAGAAAGUGCACGAUCAAAGUUUAAUAAAACAAGUGCUAGAGAUCAGGUCCUUGAAGAAGUGAAGAGAUUGGUAGAGGAAUAUAAGAAUGAAGAGGUGAGCAUAACUGUGACUGGGCAUAGCCUAGGUGCAUCCCUUGCGACUCUGAAUGCAGUUGACAUAGCUUACAAUAAAAUCAACAAGUCAAGUCAUGGGAAGGAAUUCCCAGUGACAGCUUUUGUAUUUGCAAGUCCUAAAGUUGGAGAUCUCAAUUUUUUAAACGCAUUUAACAAAUUGAAAUACCUUCACGUUAUGAGAAUUCAUAACAUAUUGGAUAUUGUUCCGAAAUAUCCACCUAUUGGCUAUCUCGACGUUGGGCAGGAAAUAAUAAUCGACACCACAAAAUCCCCUUAUUUAAAUCUCCCUGGAGAUAUCCUCACAUGGCAUAAUUUGGAGUGUUACAUGCAUGGAGUUGCGGGAACUCAAGGUAUAGGACUUUUAACAGGUUUUAAACUAGAGGUGGAUCGUGAUAUCGCGCUUGUUAACAAAUCUUCAGGUGCAUUGAAAAGUGAGUAUCUUGUCCCAGCAAAUUGGUGGACUGUGAAGAACAAAGGAAUGUUUCAACAAGAAGAUGGAAAAUGGGUUCUCAAUGAUCGAGAGGAGUAUGACAUAGUUGUGGCUGAGGUUUAAUUUAAUUUGGAGUUUAAUGUACUUGCUAUUUUAAUUUUAUUUCUUUAAUUCCAUGUAAUGUUUGAAUAAAGGGUUAUUGCGAACACAUCAUAUGCAAUAAUGCAUAUGAGUGUGUUGUAAUUAAGUUGUACUUUCUGCACCUUAAGUUAAACUUGUUUUGUAUACAUGUUUUUAAGAAGGGCU